ACCGACUUACCGAGAAUUUGGGAAGUUGUGAUAGAUUUAAUCUAGUAUAUUAUUGCUAGGUUGCUAUCUAUCGUCCUGAUUUUAGAAGGCCAGAAUUAAUUGAGUAAGUUAAAAGUCAGAGUAAUAUCAAGACUGGAAAAUGACAAAUGAUGUCUUGGAAAGAUAUUAAAUCCGGUCCACUGAAGUAUUUUGUCAAAGGUGGAAAAAUCAUUUUGGCUGCUGAGCUCGCUUGCUUUGUCGGCACCUACCUUGGCUGGAGGCAGAUAAAUCACAACCAGGAUUUACGGUUUUACUUGUACCAGAACCAACCGUUAAUUUUGGAAGCGUACUACAAAUUUGGUGAACAGAUAUCUUCAGAGAGUAAAGUCAGGGAAUAUGAUAUGACGACCUGGUCAAAUGCUGGAAAAUUGUAAACCAUGUCAAAUGUAGUUAGGUCGGUCAUUUAUAUGUUUCUUUUAACAGGGUUAGGAAUGAGUUUUGCAUUUGUACCAUCGCAUGAAGUUGAGAAAAAUGUUCGUGAUGAUGUGAAAAGGAAACAUCUUAUACAUGUUAUGAAGGUAGCAGCUGGAGAGACUUCCAUAAUAAACGAAGAUAUUUCAAAAUCAGAAAAGAAAUAAUGAUUCAGGUUCCAGAGAGCAUUUUGAAGAGGAACGAGCAGCGGCAAGACGACCUCCAGAAAAAGAAAGAUGAGGGCCCAAGCCAGGCUGAAGUAUUUAGAGAUACGUUUAAAUCUCAGCAGAUUAAAAUAGAAAGUUUGAUCGAAUCGCUUGAAUUAAUAAAAGACAGGAAUAAACUUGCUGAAGUCUUCAACCAGAUAUCAAAAGAUCUUAACGUUCUAAAUAGGUAUCUGGCAACAUCGUCUAUGUUUCUCAUCCCAUAUGAUAUUAAAAUUUGCAAAGGAAUCUUGCAAACUCUCCAAGACAAAUCUACUGAAUUAGAGCAUAAGUUGUUGCCAAAAAAGAAAUUUGGUUUCAGCAGUAGAAAAGACAUAAAAAAAGGUGUAAAGAAACUUGAAGAAGUGCAGACCAACGAGACUCCUGAACUCAUCUUAUCUGUUCAGUGUGGUUUUUCUGACCAUAUUGGUAAAAAAUUAGUGUUAACUCAUGUAGAAGUAGAUAACAAGGAUGUCGGUCUUGCAAGAUUAGAAAAAUGUGAUGUAGUUAUUAAUGGAGCACCAAACACCAUUCAUUUAGUUAAUAUUCGCGCAUGUAGAAUUCUUUGCGGUCCUGUUGUAACUUCCGUUCUAAUCGAAGAUUGCAAAGAUUCUGUUUUAGCUUUCGCUUGCCAGCAGUUAAGGGUUCAUAACACAAUAUCUUCAGAUUUCUACAUACACGUCACGACUAAAGCCAUAAUAGAAGAUUCAAGUCGUCUCAGAUUCGCCCCUUACAACUAUUCGUAUGAAAAUAUCGAUUUACAUUACAAACAGACUGGUUUAAAACGUGAAAUAAAUAAUUGGGAUAAUGUGGACGAUUUCAAUUGGCUUGUUAAUAAUCAACAUUCUCCUAAUUGGUGCAUACUACCAGAAAAUGAACGCAUCCAGUUGAUAUAAACUCCUUACCUUUUGAGAGAGAAAAUUCUUUACUAUACUAACACCCAUUGUUUUUCUCUGUAUUCAUUUUUCAAUAACACUUGCUUUAUAAUUUAAAAUAGUUAAUAAAAACAAAUGUGUCAUAUUAGUUUUAUAGAAAUAGUCAGGCCCAAUAUAUUUUUUCAACAAAUAAAAAAUGUAUCCUCAUUUUUUUCUUUUCAUUCAAUACUUUUCUUUAGUUUUUAUACUACAUUUUUUAACUUGAAAAACUUUUAUAGUACAUUUUAUAUAACAAGGCAGAACAAGGCAUUCAUUGUAAUCAUUGUUAUAAAAUUGUGAUCAAUGUAUGUUUACACCAAUAUAACCAUUAAAUACUUA